CGUCCCGGCCGGCUAUCGCCAUGGGAGCCCCGCACCAACUGCUCGUGCUAUGUGUCCUGCUGAGUCUGUCGGAAGCCGGAGCCCAGGACAGCACAAACUGUGCCUCCUGGUGCCCUAAAGCCUCCAGAUGUUUGAACAGUUCCGCCUGUCGCUGCAACCCAGGAUUCGGACCAGCUGAGAUCAUCACCAGCCUUGUGGAGAGCUGUGACGACAUCAACGAGUGUAUACCUCCCAGAAGUGUGGCCUGUGGAGAAUUUGCAGACUGUGAGAACACAGAGGGGAGCUACCAGUGUGUGUGCAGCCCGGGCUAUGUGCUCACUUCUGGGAAAACAAUUUUCAGCAAGGCAGAGGAGAACGACUGUCACAUCCCAGCAGUGGCCCAGACGACGCCUGCCACUCCGGUUUCAGCCAUGCCCGGAAACCUCCCCGACUUCCCGGCCACCGUGGACCCAGGAACUCAGUCUGGAUGCUCUGAAGGAAGGACAGAGGAUGGGAGCCAGUGGACAAAGAACCGCAAAGUCUGCCAGGGCAUUGUCAAUGACCGUGGCGACUGCGUCAGUGUCUGCCCACCGGGGCACAGGCUGACUCCCGAGGGCCCGAGGCGGUGCACAGAUGUGAACGAAUGCACCUGUGGACAAAACCCGUGUCACAUCUCCGCCCACUGCCUCAACACUGCGGGCAGCUAUAUGUGCAAGUGCCGGCGUGGCUGGAAGCCCGUUCCUGGAUCCCCCAAUGGCCCCAGCAACACUGUCUGUGAAGAGGUGAAUGAGUGCAACUCCGGGCAGCAUCAGUGCCACAACUCCACCAUCUGCAUCAACACCCAGGGGUCGUACAGGUGCCGCUGCCGCCAGGGUUGGAAGCCACUUCCUGGGUUCGCCAAUGGGCCAAAGAACACCACCUGCAAAGCAGAAAUCCUCUUCCCUGCCUGGACCCUGCCCCCGGGGAUCCACAGCAAGAGUCUCUCCCGCUUCUUUGACAAAGUCCAGAGCCUGAGCCGAGACUUUGAGCCCCGAGUGGCCGAGCAGACCAUUAAGAAACUCAUUGAGGCCAUCGAUGGGCUGCUGGAAGCCCCCGGGGACAUAAAAGAUCUGACCCUGCAACAGCGGCACCUUGUGGCCACCUGGCUGCUCUCGGACCUGGAGCACAGCCUGAGGUCCCUGGCCCAGGCCCUGCCUGAGGGCAGCUUCAUCUACACAUCCCCUUCCAGCACAGAGCUGGCCCUGAUGGUCAACGAGAGCGGCCGUGGAAACGUCACCGUGGGCCAGAGCCACUCGAGGAUGCUGCUAGACUGGGCUGUGGCAAUAGGGGCGGAGGACUCAGACCCCGCUGUGGUGGGGAUCCUGUCCAGCCAGCACAUGGAGGAGUUGCUGGCCAACGCUUCCCUAGACCUGGAGCCCGAAAAGCUAGCACAGUUGACGGAGGCCUACGAGAGACCCGUCCGCCGGGCGCAGGGCACCCUGCUCUCAGCCGUCAGCUCCGUCUUUCUGAGCAACACCAACACAGACAGACUGGUCUCCCCCGUCACCUUUGCUUUCUCCCACCACCAGCUGGAGGAGCCCGGGACAGAACUGAUCUGCGCCUUCUGGAAGGAUGGACACUGGGCCACCACGGGCUGCCGGAAGGUGGGGAGUGGGAAGAACAGCACCACCUGCCAGUGCGACCACCUGAGCAGCUUCGCUGUCCUCAUGGCCCACUACCAGGUGGAGGACUGGAAGCUGUCCCUGAUCACCAAAGUGGGGCUGUCGCUGUCGCUCAUUUGCCUGAUGCUGUGCAUCCUAACCUUUCUGCUGGUGCGGCCCAUCCAGAGCUCACGCACCACGGUGCACCUGCACCUCUGCAUCUGCCUUUUCCUGGGCUCUGCCAUCUUCCUGGUGGGCAUUGAGAACGUCGGUGGCCAGGUAGGGCUGCGCUGCCGCCUAGUGGCCGGGCUGCUGCACUACUUCUUCUUGGCCGCCUUCUGCUGGAUGAGCCUAGAGGGCGUGGAGCUCUACUUCCUGGUAGUGCGCGUGUUCCAGGGCCAGGGCCUGGCUACGCGCUGGCAGUGCCUGAUCGGUUAUGGUGCACCCCUGAUCAUUGUGGCCAUCUCAGCAGCGGCCAACAGCAGUGGCUAUGGCCACACCGCCCACUGCUGGCUGGACCCGAAGCAGGGCUUCCUCUGGAGCUUCCUGGGACCACUGGCCUUUGUCAUCUUGUGCAACGCUGUCAUGUUCGUGGUCACUGUGUGGACGCUCAUGCAGAAGUUCUCUGAGAUCCACCCAAACAUGAAGAAAUUGCGGAGGGCGAGGACGGUGACUGUCACGGCCGUGGCGCAGCUCUUCGUGCUGGGCUGCACCUGGGGCUUUGGCCUGUUCCUAUUCAGCCCAGAGACAUGGCACAGCACGGUGCUGGCCUACGUGUUCACUGUGCUCAACUGCCUGCAGGGUGCUUUUCUCUAUGUGUUGCACUGUCUGCUCAACAAGAAGGUUAGAGAGGAGUACCGGAAGUGGGUCUGUGCAGUCACUGGGAACAAGUACUCGGAAUUUGCCUCCUCUGGUGGAAGCAGCCAGCAGACUCGGUCCCUCAGGCCAUCAGAAUCUGGGAUGUGAAGGCCAGGCUUCCAGCCAGCAGCUUGUGUGUGCUGCGGCCAACGUCCUGUAUCUUGCUGCGUGCAGUGCACAAGGCACAGCAGCUGUACUAUGCUCCUGAACCUGAGAACCACAGGAGCAACCAAUGGACCUGCUUCUGCCACACCCCAGCCGUGUCCUGGUGCACCAGCCAGGCCAGGGACAGGCUUGGGGCCCUGCCUCGACCUGCCCCUUUGUCCUCUGCCAUCUGCCAGGCCACAAGAGGCCAGGAGCCCGGGCUCCACUUCCCUAAGCUAAGACUGAUGUCAGGGCCAGAGUGCUGGCCAUGCCGAGGCUCACGGUACAGAGGCUGCUGCCCACACCAGGGCACAUAAGUCUCAUGUUUUGUUUUUGUGUUUUUCUUCUCUUUUUUUUUUUUUUUUUUUUU